AUGAACACACUAUUCCGAUUCCUCGUCUCCCUCACCCUCCUCCAGGUCGCCUUGGCCGGGGUCCUCCCGCGCGACGCGCACCGCAUCCUCAAGCCCACCGCCAAAGACCUCAACAAGAUCUUCACCUUUGAUUCCCCCUACCCGCCCCCAAACAAGGGCAACCUGCAGGUGCACGACCCCAACAUCAUCGAGGACGGGGGCCACCUCUACCUCUUCCAAGGCGGCAUCCACAUCCCCAUGUUCAAAGCGACCCAGAUGUCCGGGCCCUGGGAGGCAAUCGGGACCGUCCUCGAGAAGGACUCCAUCAUCGAGAAGAAGAACAACAGCCGGCCCUGGGCCCCGAGCGUCGCCAAAUGGAACAACCGGUUCUACUGCUUCUACGCGAUCAGCCCGGGCGGCAGCCAGGACAGCGCGAUCGGGUACGCCACGGCUUCGACGCUCGAGGGGAAUUGGACGGACCACGGGGCGCUGAUCAACACGGGGACCGGGCCGGGGUCGCGGCUUGCGCCGUUCAAGAACACCAACGCGAUCGACCCGGCGUUCAAGGUCGACGAGAAGAGCGGCGCGCUGUAUCUCAUCUACGGCUCGUACUGGGACGACAUCUACAGCGUGCGGCUGGAGAGUCGGAAGGACGGCACGCUAGCGGUGAAGGACAAGGACGCGGACAAGAGCAAGAGCAAGAGCAAGAGCGCGGACGUGGUACCGGAUGCGACGCAGUUGAGUUGGAUGCCGGGGGCGUGGAAGCCGCAGGAGGGCGCGUUUGUGAGCUACCACAAGCCGUAUUAUUAUCUGUGGUUUAGCCAGGGGGUGUGUUGUGAGUUGCUGCAGAGGGGGUUUCCCUUGAAGGGCGAGGAGUAUAGUAUCCGCGUCGGUCGGUCCGAGAAUAUCAACGGCCCGUUUGUCGAUCGGAAUGGCAAGAAAUUGCUCGAGGGAUAUAGCGAGGUCGUGUACGGGUCGAACAACGGUAAUGUCUUUGCGCCGGGAGGCGUGGGUGUCCUUCCUGGGAACAAGGAGCGGCCGGAUAUCCUGUAUCAUCAUUACUUUGACGGGAAGAUCGGAUUCCACGAUAAGGAUACGCAGCUUGGAUGGCAUCACCUCGAGUACAAAGAUGGAUGGCCUGUUCUCAAGAAACAAGAUCCGCCAGUCACCGUGGCGCGUCCGAUGCAGCUGACCUUUCCUGGUCUGACUUAUCUGGUUGAGGUUGUUUAA